AUGGAGGACCACAAAGUGAGGAUGUCUACUUCGCAAGAGACACUACUAUCUGAGAGAAAUACAACACGAUUCACACCGGAGCUGUUCAUGAUGGGCUCGUCCAGGGACCAUCGCCGAAGUGUCGAUAGUUCCAAGUUUGACGAGUAUUUCCUUGGUCCUCGAGAGCUCGAUAGACAUUCCAAAUGGCCAACCAUGCUGCGUAUUCACGGAAGCACUCUUCCAGAGCUCAUCCUUUCGCUACUUCUCGUUGGUGUCUGGACGACCAGCGUAUGUCUGUUCUCGAGACAUGUUAGGGAUCUCGGGAUCAAAAACACCUUACUCACGGUCCUCGGAUUUGUCGUGGCCCUGUCCCUCUCGUUCCGCAGCUCGACGGCGUACGAGCGGUAG